UUCCUCAAACCCGUCUCAAGAGUCGACGUGCCAGACUAUUAUGACGUCAUCAGCAACCCCAUGGAUUUUCAAACAAUGCUCAAAAAAGUAAAACAAAAAGCCUACAAGUCAAAACGCGACUUCCGGGACGACCUCGAACUGAUCUGGUCAAACUGCUACAAAUACAACGCG